AUGGCAGACUAUACUGCAUACGCCAAACCUUGUGAAGAGUGGGUCGACUUCGUCAAGGAGUGGAAGAAACCUCCGCCGCUUCCUGACGGACUGAGUGUCACAGAGAUUCGCGAUAUUCUCAACGCUCGACGUGCGAAACUAUUUGCUGAUAUUUUGGGCAAGCCGGAAAACCUCGACAUUACAGACUUGUCGAUUCCGACUUCUGACGGCAAUGUCGUCUCAUCGAGGGUAUACCGACCACAGGGAGCGCUGAACAGACUUCCCAUCUACAUAAAUCUGCAUGGCGGAGGCUACCACCUCGGUAGCUUGGAAUCCGAAGAUCCUUUUUGCAGGCAAAUCGCUCUGCGCACUGGGUUUGCCGUUGUCGAUGUCAACUACCGUCACACGCCCGAAUGGACAUUUCCUACCCCCGUCAAUGAUGCGUGGGAUGCCUUGAAUCACAUUCCACACAUGGAAGAGCAACUAAAUCUGGAUGUUGAUAGAAUAUUUAUUGGGGGGGUCAGUGCGGGCGCCAAUAUAGCCGUGAGUACGGUCCUUCGAGACAGAAAAGAAGUACGUAUACCUGCACGUCGCAUCAAAGGCCUGCUACUCAGCGUCCCGCCCGCAGUAGACCCUGACCACUUUCCUCGCCACUUGGUCAAGGACGGUUAUACUUCUCUGGAGCAAAAUGCGGAUUCUGAAUUCAUCAGUCUGGCCGCUCUGAAGAGAUUUGCCUGUUUAUACAAACCUGAUCCAACCUCUCCCUACUAUUCACCAUUGCUGCUGCCGGAUGAGACGUUCAAAGAUUUCCCUCCGACAUCGUUCCACAUUGCAGGCAGCGACUCUCUACGCGACGAGGGGCUUCUACUUCAAGAAAAACUACAACGUGUAGGAGUACAAACGAGACUGGAGAUCUAUCCUGGACUACCCCAUGCAUUCAUGUCACUCCCUCAACUGGAGAGUUCAAGAAGGUGGUCAGAGAAUAUAUACAAUGACCUCAAAUGGGUUUUGAGUCUUUCUUUGCGCUGA